UCAAAGGGGAGCUGAGACCGUUUUCCAGUGACGAAUUUUCCCCUUAUUGAUCCGAGUACCAUAUCUUGCUACUUUUCUCUGACACGAGCGAAAGGCUCUAUUACUUUCUGUGAAGUUCAAGAUCUUGCAUCAAUUCCACAGACAAAAAAAAAAAACGGCAAGGGCUACGAUGGCCGUUUUUCAUAAUGGUUCUAAUGGAAUCGUUGGUAAUGACAGCGACCUGCCAAAAUCUCCAAUUUCCCUGAAACUUCAAAUUGGCAUGACGUUUGCCUAUGUCAUUAUCUUCAUCGUCUCCCUGGUAGGAAACGCUCUUAUGAUUUACGUCAUACACAAGACACCUCGCCUCAGAACCACGACGAACCUAUUGGUGGCCAAUAUGGCUGUGGCUGACUUACUUAUCACCUUUUUUGCCAUGCCGUCAUCCGUUAUGUACUUGUACCUACAGCACCUUUGGUUAUCUGGGGUGAUCGGUGAUAUUACCUGCAAGGUCGUGCAAUAUGGCUUGACAUUGUCAAUCGCUGCAUCUAUUCUCACACACGUACUGAUCGCCAUCGACCGUUUCAUCUGCGUUGUACUUCCUUUCAAACGCGUCGAGUUCUUCAAGAAAAUCAGAACGAGCUACGCAUUGACCUGGUUUGCGUCCCUUGUUCUAAUGAGUCCAUAUCUGAUUGUUUACGAAAGUUUAAAGCUCCCAAACGGUGAGAGCCAAUGCAAUGUGAGCCUUAAAUAUCUGUACUUUCUUGAGUUUUAUUAUGUCCUGGUGUUUGUAAUGCUCUAUGUGAUUCCAUUACUGUUCAUUGCAACACUGUACACGUGCAUCUGCCGAAAGCUAUGGAGACAUAAAAUACCAGGAAUACGUUCCCCAGACCUCAUUCUAAAGAGAGAAAUCCAUAACAAGAACACCAUCAGAAUGCUUAUAAUUUUGGUGAUAGCGUUUACAUUGUUUUGGCUGCCAGUUCACAUCAUACAUCUACUGACAUACUUUCGGUCCGAAUUACAUUUACCUCAUGUGGCUUUACUUUUGCCCUUCUGGGCGUGUCACUCCCACAGCGCCAUCAAUCCCUUACUAGUUGCAUUUCUUAGUGGAAUGUACAGAAAAGGAUGUCAAGAGACAGUCACCAAGAAAUUGGCCAGCUUAUCAAUCAAAAGGAGUGCAGGAACAAAUAUAGUUUUAACUUCGCAAAUGAAAACUCAAAUAUCUCGUGCCCCAUCGCCACUCCUCCCACCUGUCAAGCCUGGUGACGAGCACCUAGGAUGACUAUGACCGGAAAUACACACGGACGUUCCAGUUACCCCUCCCCCUCCCCCCAUAAAUGUAUUAGAGAAGUGGGGUGAGUGGAACCCUGAGUUUUCACUACAUCUGCGUUGGAACCUUUAGCUGUAAAUAAUGUAACUUUUGAUCGAUUAGGUAAAGGGUAUGACGCCUCCGACAGCAUAGCCUCAAAGACGAUAGCCUCCAAAAUAGCUGCCAAAGUGG